GUAGUCUCCAUGAAGCUUACAAAUUCGCUGCAAAUUCGGCGAACUAAAGCUUGCUAGUUUUCAUUGUUUGAGGUACCUUUUCGAGCGUAUCAUCGAUUUUCACAAGUAACCGGACAAAGUGUAAUGGCAUAUUUCACUUGCAACGCUACAAAUAAAGUGGGUCGUUAAGAAAAAUCAGUGUAGACAACGGAAAAGAUACACAAAAGUUGCGUAUACGCAUCGCUACCAGAUACUGUUAUAAAGUUGUUGAAAAGAAGCUGUUAAUUUAGUUUUACAAACGCUUACAUUGCACCGAACACAUAGCGAGGGGAGGCAUUGGAGGUGAGACGCACAAACCAACUCGCCACCAAAGCGAAAUAGCAGAGAAGCGCAGCGAAAAACGAAACGAAGAAGCAAACACAUACAACAAACGCACAAUUUGCCGUAUACGCCAUAUACGCUUUGCUGCUCAGUGCCUCAGCAGCGAAACAGUCACAGUCAGCCACAGUGGCGAAACGAAUUUUCCUUUAGUAUCCUUACAGACGUGAAAAAAGGAGUAGUCAACGCAAAAAGUGGCAAUAAACGAGCGUGCGGAGUCAAAGCAAAGUAGCUGAAUCAAAGCAUAUACAGUGUUGUAGCAAAAAUUUGUGCAAGCGCAAGUAAAACACUGUCAAAAAACGCGCAGCUUCUUUUAACAUUAAGUGUAGGUGUGUGGAAAAAAUUUCGAAAUUUCCAAAAUAAAUUGCAAAAGUAGUUGAAUAGGCCACAAAGCUUGCGAAAUAGGUUGCUGCCGUGUAAGCGAAAAAAAAACUCAGACGCCAAACUCGCUUUCGACCACAAAGCGUCAAAAAAUAAGUAUACCAGCAUAACUGUGUGUGUGUGUGUGCGUAUGUGUAUUUGUAGCAGCUGCCAAUUACGAGCGACUAAACAUUAAAACGCUAAAAGUUGAUUACAAGUCUGUACAUAUGUGCAUGUGUGUCGGUGUAUGCAUGUGUGUGUAUGCGUUUCUUGGAAUCGCAACAAAUUGAAUUCAAUUGAGAACACUAAUCGCGCAACGCCAGCUGCCACUUCUCAACUACAGCUAAAAGAAAAACCAAAAAGCAACAGCAACAGCAACAACAACCAACACGGGCACAAGCACCAGCGCCAGCUAGCAAUUAGGCCAGCCUGAAAGCGCAGUAAUAAAACUAAAAAGUUGACUGAAUUCGCACCUCCAUGUGGCAUACGCAAGCAGCUCAUAACCCAUAAGCGCCUGAAAGCAUUCAACACUUUUUCGUACUUUGUCACUUUGCUUGCAAACACGCUCGCAUCAGCGUCAUCACAAUCGCCAUUAAUAGUCGUGAGCGUGCAUAAAUUUACGCUUCCAUAAACAUAUACAAAUAUAUAAAUACAUAAAUAAAUAUAUAAUACAAUACAUUAGCAGACACUUAGCAUACAUACGCUUAAGCAAGACUGCGCUAAGGUGAUAAAGACUACACUCCGCAAGUCAAACACGCUCAGCUUUUGCAUAAACAACUUAAGCGCUAGAAGCAGCUUGAACUUUAUUUUUUCGCCCAAUUUGCUUCAGCGGCCUCAAAAUACACAUACAAACGAAUAUGGCUGGUGGUGGGGACCCCAAGUGGCAGAAGGAUGCAGCCGAUCAAAAUUUCGACUAUAUGUUCAAAUUGCUUAUAAUCGGCAACUCAAGUGUGGGCAAGACAAGUUUCCUUUUUCGUUAUGCCGAUGACAGUUUCACCUCAGCUUUUGUAUCGACGGUCGGCAUCGAUUUCAAAGUGAAAACCGUGUUUCGACAUGACAAACGCGUUAAGCUGCAGAUCUGGGAUACAGCGGGCCAAGAACGCUACAGAACAAUAACCACGGCAUAUUAUCGUGGCGCCAUGGGUUUCAUUCUGAUGUACGAUGUCACAAAUGAGGAGAGUUUCAAUUCCGUACAAGAUUGGGUGACUCAAAUUAAGACAUAUUCAUGGGAUAACGCACAAGUGAUACUUGUCGGCAACAAAUGCGACAUGGAAGAUCAACGAGUGAUCUCAUUCGAGAGAGGCCGACAGUUGGCCGAUCAGCUGGGUGUGGAGUUCUUCGAAACUUCAGCCAAAGAGAAUGUGAAUGUGAAGGCUGUCUUCGAACGACUGGUGGAUAUAAUUUGCGACAAAAUGUCAGAGAGUUUAGACUCGGAUCCGACGUUAGUGGGCGCUGGGCAAAAGGGACAACGACUGACAGAUCAACCUCAAGGCACGCCCAAUGCGAAUUGUAAUUGUUAAACACAAACAUACACAUAUACACAUACAUACUUAAACACAUACAUAGACAUAUAUAUACAUAAAUAGACACAUGUAGACACAAAUAUACUUAAAUAAAUAAAUAAAUGUAAAACUAUAUUAACUAAGUGAUGCAUUAACAUACAUUAAAGGAGUAAUGCUGUUGACUUAUGUUAUCAGAUUUUUGUUGUCUCAGUUUUUAGUGUUUUUGAAGAAGACGCAGAAGAAUAGAUGUAAUUAAAGCGUGUUGCAUGUAAAUGUGCUGAGGCAAAAAGUAAGAAAUUAUUAUGAAAAAGCCGUUUAUGCUGUUGAAAAUCUAAUAAUUUGUGCAAAAAA